AUGGCCAAGCGCAAUCGAUCAAUCGGAUUGCAGAGUGGUAUGCACAAUGACGGAAAACCGAGCAAAAGGUUUGAGCAUGCGACAUCCCAGGCUCUAAAGGUUCUCUCGCUCGCCGAGAACCUUGUGCCGUCGAGACCCGCCCCAUUCCCUGCCUCGCGAGCCCCAACGCCGCAAGUUCUGGCCCUGGUGAUAAGCGGGGGUUGCGCUACCAAGUCUCUUGGCGGGCGCAGCGGCUGGCUUCCCAUGACCGCUGUGGCCUGCGGAGCAGACGUUCCUCUCCUCCCCCAGGCGCCAUCGGAGGAGCGACUUUUCUUGGAGGGCUGCCAAUUCCGGAUACUCUUGGCCUCCUUGACCAUGGAGCAGCCUGCCAGGAUUGAAACUAGAAUGAGUGCACAAAUCUUAAAAUACGAUGAUAUAUGUACCCCCCUAUGGAGUACAUCCUUUUGUGUGGUUGGGAUGACUUCGGACUCAUGCAACUAUCUUCCUGCUGCAGCUUUUCUCCCUACGUGGACCUUUUUCCGUGACUUGCUCUCAAAACACGCACCAUCUCCACCACCAUCCGUAUUGCAGGACGAGAACGAAGCUGCAAAUUGCACACGUGUAUCCUUAUCACAUCUCGCCCUUGAUGUCGACGACAAUGUUCGCGGUCCAGCCAAGGAGCGGAACAACAGUUUUCCCGUAGUUAAGGUACCCACCUGCAGAUCCAACUACGGAGGACGUAGUAGUGGAGAGCAAAAAGGAAAAGACGUGAGACGACCAACCUUGAGCUGCGGUAAACCACCUCUUGCCGCACGCGGUCAAUUAGGCGCAGGUUUAUUUGCUCACCCGAUCUCGAUUAUCGUCGGUCGCUUGAACCUUCAACCGGGAAUGCAUUCUACGGCAAUGGCUGCACCAAUUGCGUCCUUGGCUCCCCUCGAGUUCGCCAAUGGUUCGGCUUCGUAUACCUCCCCGACGGGUGACCAGAUACUUGGAUCGGUCAAUGGUCCCAUUGAAGUAAACCGUCGCGAUGCCCAAAAGCCGGACGAAGCGACGCUAGAGAUAGUGGUCAAGCCGGGAGUCGGUGGAAGCGGUGUUGGCGAGAGAUACGUGGAGGGAAUCCUGCGUAGUGUUUUGAGCAGAGUUAUCUUGAUGCGCGACAAAGCCAUGGCACGCAGAGCGAUUGUGGUUACGUUGGUCGUCGUGAAGAAUAUGGUGGCUGAGGGCAAAGUCGAUGAGCGGGGUGGUUCGUAUCUUCCAAUUCUCCCUUCGCUUCUUCAUACCGCACUCCUCUCUCUUAUGUCAGCUGCGGUUCCUAUGUCUAUGAUCUUCACAGCUGCUCUUGUGGCUGUCACCUCUCACAACGAGAUUGUGCCACACCCUUCACCUAAAGUCAGCAAAGCUGCGACAUCCCUCCACGUGCUCGCAUUUUCUUCCAAGGGCCAUUUACUCCUAAAUGAAAGCCAAGGCGAGUUCAACAUAGAAACAUGGGAGAAAGUAUACGAUCUCGCCGAAACAAUAUGUCGAGGUGGAACAAAGGUUCAGCUUAUCAAAGAUGGAGACGUUUCAAUGGAUGACGCCGAGAUGGUACAAAGUUUAGAGCAGCUCGUGCGAAGGGUGGUGAGAGAUAAAGCUCGUGAAGAUUUUGCGUGGAAAUUGGCUACGACUUGAAUCAUAUGGUGAAAUUGGGUUUGUUUCGAAUUGCCUUUUGAAGGAAAUAUUAACGGGCGCACACCCGAUAUCUCGGAGAGAUGCAAAACGCCGCACAAGGAGACUUGAGUCCGACUUUGGGAGGGCAGGAUAUUGUUUAGAAACCCGCGCUCUCGGAUGGCUUGCAUUCCCCCGUCGUUCGACCACGAGGAAGGGUCUAAACGACAGCAACACGCCUCGGACCCCAAUUAAAAAUUGGGACGUCUCGAACGCGAGCUUUAAGAAAUCUCGAGAAUUGAGAAGCAUUUUCCAUCACAAUUAGGCUAGUAAAGGCUUAAUAUCAUUUCUUCACAUCUGGUA